CUUGUGUGCGCGCGCACGCGAGGUCUGGGGGGGCUCGUGCACGCGUGCUAGCGGUGUGUGUUGGAGGUGUGUGCGCAGGGAGGCGGUGUGCAGUGGCUUAGGCAAGGAAACUGCAGAAGCUGUCCCCGUAGCAAAGCGAUGAGGCUACAACAGACCAGUGAUGAAGGGGAGUGAGUCACUGACGAUGAUUGUGUUUCUUUCCCGCAGAUUGUCUAAAGCCACAGGGAAAAUGGUGGAAAAUUCACCGUCGCCAUUGCCAGAAAGAGCGAUUUAUGGCUUUGUUCUUUUCUUAAGCUCCCAAUUUGGCUUCAUACUGUAUCUUGUGUGGGCAUUUAUUCCUGAAUCUUGGCUCCAUUCCUUAGGAUUAACCUACUGGCCUCAAAAAUACUGGGCAGUUGCAUUGCCUGUCUACCUCCUCAUUACUAUAGUAAUUGGUUACGUACUCUUAUUUGGAAUAAACAUGAUGAGUACCUCUCCACUCAACUCCAUUCAUACAAUCACAGAUAACUAUGCUAAAAAUCAGCAGGAGAAGAAAUACCAAGAAGAGGCCAUCCCAGCAUUAAGAGAUAUUCCUAUUAGUGAAGUAAACCAAAUGUUCUUCCUUGCAACCAAAGAACCGUAUGCCAAAAAAUCCUUCCCGUUCCACCCCUGACUCCAGCCACUGAUGCCGUCGUGAUCAGGUCCACACAGGGGCCACUCAGCAGUGCACCCUGGAGAGAGAGGACGUCAACACCCAAAGGACACCGUGGAGCUCACUGUGGGGCAGGCAUCCAUCCCCCAACAGAGCGGUUGUGAGCUGAAUUUAUUCAGCAUCGGAGGAGGUCUCGGGAGACUGAGCUGCAGUCGCCAUGGCAACGGUGCCCUCGGUAACGCAGGCCUGCGUAGGCUCUUCUCAGUUUUGCUCCCUUGCUGCCCACGCCUUCCUAAUGUCACUUUCCAAAUAAACUGCCUACACACAAGUC